AGCAGCGUCGCCCGUAAGCUGAAAAACUGGCCAGCACAAUGGGAAAAAAACAGAACAAGAAGAAAGUGGAAGAGGUUUUAGAGGAAGAGGAGGAGGAGUAUGUGGUGGAGAAGGUCUUGGAUCGGCGAGUGGUAAAGGGCAAAGUGGAAUACCUACUGAAGUGGAAAGGUUUCUCGGAUGAAGAUAACACAUGGGAGCCAGAGGAGAACCUCGACUGCCCAGACCUCAUCGCAGAGUUCCUUCAAUCCCAGAAAACCGCACAUGAGAGCGAGAAGUCUGAGGGAAGCAAACGCAAAGCGGAGUCUGACACAGAGGAUAAAGGGGAGGAGAGCAAACCAAAGAAGAAGAAGGAGGAGUCGGAGAAACCACGAGGCUUUGCCCGGGGAUUUGAGCCAGAGCGAAUCAUUGGUGCCACGGAUUCCAGCGGGGAGCUCAUGUUCCUGAUGAAGUGGAAGAACUCUGACGAGGCCGACCUGGUCCCUGCCAAGGAAGCCAACAUCAAGUGCCCCCAGGUGGUCAUCUCGUUCUAUGAGGAGAGGUUGACAUGGCAUUCCUACCCCUCAGAGGACGAUGACAAGAAAGAGGACAAGAACUAACCCCUGGCACCCGCUCUGGCCAGCCUUUGUAUAAAGAUCUGAACUGUGGGUUUGAGCAAGAGGGAGAGAACGCAGCUCUGCUUGGUUGGGAGCGUAGAGAUGGCUGGAGAAGAUGCCCUUUGAAGAGACCAGUAUGGUUUCUGUGCCCUGCAGCUGCUCAACUGCUUUAUGCAGCUUCAUGCUGUGUACAGAUUCAAACCAGCCCGGCUCAUUUUGGGGGGGGUGGGGAGGGAAGGGCAGGGGGAUACCGGGGAUGUUGGGGGAAAAAAAAAAUUUCAAGGCUGGCUAUUUUGCAGCUUGUGGGAGAGGAAGCAAAGCCCCUUCCAUGAAGGACUGUCACUGGUGAUGGGUGGGCUGGGGAAAGGGAGUGCAGAUGGAUACUGCUUAAUCUUCAAAGACCAUCUCAGCAACCCACAGCCUUCUUCCCAAUAGUGUUAACUCUGCAUUUUUACGGCGUAGCAUGUGUGUAGGUUGUUUGUUUUUUU